AUUUCUAGUUAUCAGCUUGAGAACAAAAGUAAUCGCACCAUUGUUACCGGAUGUCCGGUGGUAACAAACAAAAGGUACCUUUGUAAUUUUAGUAGCGGAUCCUCAAGACUAAAUUACAAGCCAACAGCUCGCGAUGAAACUAUUGGUUGGUAAAGAAGCCAUUUGCAAAGCUUUCGAGGAACCUGAGAAGUCAAGAUGGAACUUAAAUAUAAUAGGAAUAUAAAUUUGAUUAUGUCAGAAGUUAUCCAAUAAAAUUAUAUAAUACCAACACAGUGAUAAUGAUCAUAACAGAUACCUUAGAUUUUCAGGAAACAUCAAUCAAAUAGAAAGUCGUUCAGAAUAAAAUAAAAAUCAACAAUUGAAGAAUUUACAUUCAAGUCAAGAAUUUACAUUUAUCAUAAUUUUUAUCGCAAAAUUUUCAGUCAAUAAAAUAUGACUCGUCAGCGUAGAGAAGUCAAGUAUUUUGCAACUAGUGAAAAUAAUCCACCCAGCAGCAUUGAGCAGAUCGUUGUCUUCAUCAGCCACAUAUUGAUAAUACUAACCUUUCCGAUCUCCAUAUUUCUCUCUUUGAUCGUCUUAUCCGAAUAUCAAAGGGCGGUCAUAUUCCGAUGUGGACGUCUCAGACGUGGCGGACCACGCGGUCCCGGUCUGGUCUUUAGAAUACCAUGUGUAGAUUUCUGCGUAAAAGUUGAUUUGCGUACGACCUCGUACGAUGUGCCGGCGCAGGAAAUACUUACAAAAGAUCACGUGACAAUUAGUCUGGACGCAGCGGUUUACUAUCGCAUUUUCGAUCCCCUACUGGCGGUAAUACAAGUGGAGAACGUGCAUUUAGCCACUCGCAUGUUGGCGCAAGCGACGCUGCGGAAUAUAGCCGGACAGAGGCACGUAAUGGAAUUGAUGUCUGAGAAGGAUUCGGUCUCGAUGGCACUGGCGGCGUUAUUGAAAAGCGCUUCAGCACCGUGGGGAGUAUAUGUUGAGCGUGUUGAAAUCAAAGAUGUACGCUUGCCACUACAAUUGCAACGUGCCAUGGCCGCUGAAGCCGAAGCCAUACGUGAAGCGAAAGCAAAAGUGGUUUCCGCCGAAGGUGAAUUAAAUGCCUCGAAAUCUUUGAAGGCCGCUUCCGAUGUUAUUGCCUCCAAUCCCGUCGCGCUUCAGCUGCGCUAUUUGCAAACCCUAAGUCUCAUAUCGGGUGAUCAAAAUAAAAAUAUCAUAUUUCCAUUCCCCGUGAAUUUGAUAAGACAACUAAUGCUGAGCAAAUUUAAUGAACCUAGUGCGUCAAGCUCAUCCAAAAAGAGACUUUCAAGCAACCCAAAGGACGAAAUCGAAAUUAACCGUGAUGUGGACGAAGCUCUCGAGGAAGCAUAUAGGGUUUUGGACAGCAGAAGAAGAAUAUCACAAGAACAAUAAAUAAUUGUUGCUGUCUAAUAGUAAUAUUUUAAUCUUUGUAUAUUCUCGACAGGGUUUUGAAAUUAUUCGUAAUAUGUGUACAAAUGUUUAUAAGCGUUUUUUAAUAAAGAACUUUUUAAAAAUGA